CUAACUCACAAACCCGAGUGGUCCGGCAACGUAUGCUCUUCUUCCUGCAAACCAAGUGAAAUAGCGAGACUGCAAGUUGAUGUUGUGUCUACACAUCGCUUUUUCACUCAUUUUACAUGGUUGUCAAUAGAAAGCGCGCGCUGAUUUAUAAAUCUGUGACUUAAUCGGACUAAGGUUCGCGUCCCGUUAAAAGUUUGUGAAACUUUCUCGCGGACUUUCAUAUGCGUCUCCAGUUUGUGUAUUGUGAGUUAGUAUGAGAGAAAAUACUAUAUUUUAUAUUGCCUCCUGUAGUAAUUUUGAAACGAAAAUUGUGAAUGUUUAUAAAGUCUAAUUUUAAAAUAUUUCUGUGUAAUAUUUACAAACUAUCAGUUAUGGAUUUUUUAAAAUUGGAACAGAUCUAUUUUGGAGAAUAAGUGAAGGUUUCUGAAAAAUAUAAUAAAAGAAAGCAGUUUAAAUGUUAAUUAGAUUAUGGAAUAUCAAUUUGAAUUGACUGUAUAAAUAUUUGGGGUAUAAAUACUUUUAUGUAUUCGUAAAUAUCUUUGCAUUUUAAAAAUAGUCAAUGCGUUAUCACAAGUUAGGAGUUAGGGAAAAACAUUUGCGACAGAUGUGCCAAAUGUGGAAACAUUUGUAUAAUAUUCUAUAUAUCUAAAACACUGACUUGAAAUUAGUAGCAACAAAUAUACAUUUCAAUUUUCCAAAAACAUUUUAUUUGUUGGAUGCAUUUGUAUCAAAUGCGUUUGAUGUGAUUAUUAUCUUCUGUGAGGAGACAGUUAAAGCUUGAACGAAAUUUCUCAGAGCAAAAUAAGCAAAAAAACAUUUAUUUAUAUUGAGGGAUGAAAAUAUGUUAGAUAUAGCUUGAUUGAAUCAAAUGACUUGUACAUUAAUAAUUUGAGAUACUAUAUAACCAAUAUACUGUCAUGGCAUUAACAGCAAUUGUAAAGAAGAAUAGGAAAUGCGGAUGGUGUCAUGGAUUUCAUAGAAAUGUCAUUUUGGUAUUAACGCUGCUUGGAACAUUUCCAUUAGUGGCUCCAGUUUGUCAUUUUCCAAAUAAAUUAACAGGUCUUUGGUUUCAAAAAGGCUGGCAAUCGGCAAUUAGAAUCGAAGGUAGCACAUUCUCAAUAAAAGGAACUUGUAUAGAUUCUAGUCAAAAUAUGUUUCUAAUCGAAGACAACAAAGAAAAAUGUUUUAGGUGUAUUAUAAUACAUGAUAAGCAUCCUAAUGUAUUGCAAUACAGAGAAACUUACUGUGAUGAACAUAGGACGUUGGAGGAAGCCUGUAGUAGUUUAACUGUAGACAACCAUUUGCACACAAUGUUUAAAGUGCGUUCCUCUCCUGUGUCGUGCCCUUUCAAAGGACCCUUCACCUUCAAUUAUAGCCGUGGUCAAGGAGAGUGCCGGCAUCCUCCAUCAACAAUUGACACCUGCACUGAUGACUCUCAGUUACUGUUCAGAUUUCAGGCUUGUGCUGAUGUUAUUGGAACAGAGAGUAGUGAAGAGGAAUUAACUUGCCUUGCAACUUGGAAAGAAGGUUCUGCACAUUAUUUAGUGGGUAAAAUGAAACCAAGAAAAAGUUACGCUGUUCCACAUGGAGAUGAAAAUUACUACAGAUGUUUCGUGUACGAAAAAGAUAAAGACACGUUUGACAUCUCUCAGUCCGCAGAUCCAACUUGUGAUGGCCUUGUCUCUCCGCGAGAUGGAUCUAGGAUAAUGAAACUCAGAAAAACAAAACAUCCCACAUCUGGUUGUCAAUUUCCAUCUUGGGUAACAUCAACAAGAAAUUGGCACACAUUAGAUGGGCGUAUGACUUAUUAUUUCAGUCAUAAAAAUACAACUUACAGAAUUGUUCAUCAACACGCAGAUCAUGCUGAAACUAAAGUCACUUGUACUGAUGAAGUUUCAUCCACUCCUAAUUCAACAACAGUUGUUGCUUACAGUAUGCAAGGCUGCUCUAAUGGGUUUGUUUGUCUGACAUUUCAUCAAAGAGAGCGACACAUAAUUGAAAUCCAAACAGGAGAGUUUGCAAGAAGACCCCAUGAUGCAUGCUCAUCCCCACGGUAUGAUUCUUCGGGAAUGGAUUACAUAACAUUAGUAGCUCAUUCAGCUUCUGUGAUAGCUUUAUGCCCGCAAUUAGUGGAAACUGAUGGUCUAAGGAUAGCAGCUAGUAAAAAUCACAUACAUUCUGACCAGUGCCACGAUUCAGCGGUUAAAGUUGUUGGAUGUAGAAGUCAUGAAACUUUGGAAUUCCUAACAACUUGUGAAACAGUUCGUGAACAUAUGACUUUCCAAUGCCAAGGAACAUGGGAAGAAAAUGGACGGAACUACCUCAUUGCUGGACUAAAAGGAUCUAAAGUCCGCUAUUGUUUUAUUUAUUAUUCCAAUCCGAAAAUGACACAAUUUUCUGGUUUGCCGGAUACUUGCAGAAGAACAAUUGUUCCUGGAUUAACGGGAAAUCUUACAUUUAAUAUCACUUCGGCAGGUGAAUGUGACAACCUGCUGAACACUACGACAAGACUAAAACAUAACCUGGUUCUAUUAGUGACUGCCAUAAUCCUAACACUCAGCAUCUUUUUAACCCGGUGACCGGCCACAUGCCAGUCCUGGUCAUAUGACACAACGUCGUCCAAUCAGCGCAUAAAAACUUCCCUCAUUUUGUUAAACAGAGGGUGGGUCGAAACCGGGGUGUUUAGUGCCUCUUUGAAAGGGUCAAAGUGGAGACCUACAUGCGUUCAAAGGACUAUCAGAAUGGAUUAUCAGGAAGACUUCGGUUAAUCGGUGAAAGAUUAUUGCACGCCCUACGUGCAAUUCUCACGAUUUGUAUAGACAUAUACAAGCACUCUUUACUAACUUUAUAUAACGAAUGAUGAACUUCAGUGAAGUUAGAAGAUCCGUCGAUUCCAAUUGACGAUUCGCUCACACAACUGAGCUCGGGAAACAAGAGCACAGGUUUGAGCAGUCCUGAUAAGCUGCAAAAAAUUAAUUAUUUUAAUUUAAUAAUGCUUUCAAAUUUAGAAGCAUAUGUGGAUAUUUGCAUUUCAAUAGAAAAAUGCAAAUCCAUUUAGAACUUUAUAUUUAAAUGUACGUAAAAACACUGCACACAAUUUUUAAUAAAACUUUUUCUGUUGUUGAUACUUGGAAUCAUAACCGGUUUAGUAAAUUUAACGAGGUUGGUAUCCGGUUUUGUGAGAUUCUUUGGAAGGUAAGUACCACUGCGUUGUAAAUAGUAUAUAAGGCCGGGUCGCAAAGGAUAAGGCGCUAAAAGUUAAGGUAAGAUAAAAUACCAUCAUUAACUAUCUUUUUUCACUUAGAUAAAACUUUAUAAAAAUUACUGACAAAAUUCUUCUAAAUUAUCAGCUAAUUGCCAACUAGUCAUAAAAUAUGCAUAUUUGAUCGGUUUAUUUAAAGUUAAGCUUUCUUCGCUUUUAAUUAGGACCCAAUUAUUUGAAUGCGAUUUUUCAAAAACUCGAAAGCUUAUGUACAUAGUGAAAAAGUUUGAAAUUAAACAUUGAGUGCAGUGCUAAUGGUAUUCUAAAUUUUAAACAUCUAAUGAUAUUUAAAGUGUGUAAAAAGUAUAAUACCUUUAAUAAGGUGCAAGCAAAUGUGUACAAAAAUGUAAUUAUAAAUUAAAAAUUACACUUUUUACAAAUGUAAAUAUAUUGAACAAAAACGUUUUAUUUUCUGAGAAUUAUUUCACUAAAAAUAAAGGAAUAUAUUUAUUUAACUUUUUAUCCCUGUUUCAUUAAGAUUCUGCUAUGCAAAGUUGAAAUAAAAUACGAGCCUGUGCUUUUUGUUUUCGCUAACAAUGAUUUACAGAAAUUUCAAAGCAACAAAAAAGGGACAAAAUGAUCCAAAGAUGUGCUAUUAUUUCGUAUAACUUGUUAUAAUGUAGCAAAUCUUUUUUGAGGAUGUAUUAGAGCAUGGUCUACUUUCUGAUAUUCAAUGUUCACAUUAUCAGAUGCCUAUAAAUGGUUUUUUUUAGUUACUGCUAUUUGCAACAAUACUUUUUAAGGAAAUCUUUAAAAAAAUUUUAAAUAAAUUUUCCUAAUAUUUUUUUUGAAAAUGUAAAUUAUUUAUAUUAAACGACAUUUUUUUUAAAAAAAAUAAUACUCGUUCCGUUAUUAAAUAGCUGAAGGCUAUUUUUAGAUUUCAAUUCUAUGAAUAUUUUUCACUUAAUGUUGACUAAAUAAAAAAAAGUACUGUUUAAAAAAGUUUUCUUUAUAUGGAAAAUAUUUAAUCAGGCAUAUUUAAAAUAAUUGAAAUUUAUUAUGUGGCUAAUGAUAUAUAUUAUAUAAUAAUAACUAGAGAAAAAAUCAUGUCUUUGCCAUGAAUGCACGAAAUUAGAAAUAAAUUCAAUAAAAAGAGAUUUAAUAGGAACAAUGCGAUAAGUUUGAUUAAGAAAAUUGUAUUUUUUUUUACUUGUAUUUUCGCAUGUAGAUAACAUCUUAAAGGAAAAAUAAGAAAUUGCACCAUAUUUUUCCUAGAUAAAUAUUUUGAUUUAUUAUUUGUUUUCGAGAUAAGUAUUCUUUUUCUUAAAUAUAUCGAUAUUUUAUCGUUUAAUGUAUCGUUUAACACCAAAUUUAAGAAUGAAGUUAAAAUAAUGUUCUAUUAUGUAAAGGCACUGAUAAUGAACAAUUUGAAUGUGAAUUAUGUUAUCUCUAAAAGCCUCAAAUAACGAAGAUAAUCAUGGGUGCCCGACUGGUAUUCCAGUUAAAUGCACUGAAUGUUUCUGUACACUUUUAGGUGUAUUGUUGAACAUUAUUUAAUGUAACAUAAGAGUGCAAUUUUCUUGUAUUUAUGAAGUUUCUUUCUAGCUUUAUUGAUAGUAUAAAUGGUAAAUUUAUGUUUAUCCACUGUUUUUGUAACCUUGUUUCCCAAGAUUUUCUGCAAUGGAAAAAUAAAAAAAAAAUACAAAGGA